CUUCUUAUUCUAUAUAUCAUCCUAUGAUUCACCAACAAUCACAAUUCACAUUUGCACCUUCCUUGCGCUCCACACUAGUUGUUCUAUCAAUUUCCUCUUCCUUCUCUCUUUUUUUUUCUUCUUUCAAAAUAUUCUCCUCACAGCCUAGGCCAAACUUAAAAACAAAACAAAACAAUGACAACUUUAUCCCAAGAAAACAUUGUUACAUUGGUUUCUCGUACUGGAAGAGAGUUGCAACGCUACCGAAAAGGUCGUCGUCAAGUUGUCGGAUGCAUACCAUACAGAUACAUAAGUGGUGGCCAAGCUUCCUUAGGGAAAAAUGAAGAAUUAGAAGUUUUGGUUAUUACUUCUAAGAAAGGAAAAAGGAUGUUGUUUCCUAAGGGAGGAUGGGAAAUUGACGAAUCAAAAAAAGAAGCAGCUCUGCGAGAAACCAUGGAGGAAGCAGGAGUAAGAGGCAUUGUAGAGGGUAAAUUAGGUAAGUGGAGGUUCAAGAGUAAAAACCAUGGUUCUUCAUAUGAAGGCUACAUGUUCCCUCUACUUGUUCAAGAGCAAUUAGAGAUUUGGCCAGAACAAAAUUUUCGUCAAAGAAAAUGGAUGAACGUUUCAGAAGCAAGGGAAGUUUGUCAACAGUGGUGGAUGAAAGAGGCAUUAGAGAGACUAGUAAAUCGUCUCAAGGGUCAGAAACUUGAUCAUGUAAAACAAUUGGUAGUAGUAGGUUCUGUUCAGUGCACAGGAGACACCAAUUCUGACUUGUGAACAUGGUAGUUUCCUGGACAUUGAUGCAUAGAUAUAGAGCUCAGUCUAAAAUUGUAGCAUAUGGAAUUUGUACAAAUAUUACUUGAUAGUCUUAUAAUAUAUAAUAAAAGAUUGUGGUAGAUCACAUAGAAGAAGUAAACAAUUCAUCCACCUAUUUCCUUAGUUAUAAAUAGGAAAAAUGUUCCCAACUUUUUAAUUAAUAUAGUAUCUCUUAUUAUAAAUUAAGGUCACAUAGAAUAAAGAUUAAAUUCUUGACG